CUGUACGACUACGCCAGCCAGGGCUCUGGCGACUUGUCGUUCCAGGAGGGCGACCGGAUCAAGAUUGUCAAGAAGACGGCGACGGACCAGGACUGGUGGCAGGGCGAGAUUGGGGGUGUCAGGGGCAACUUCCCGGCGAAUUACUGUCGGCCAGCCUGAGGGACAAGAAAUUCACUAUAAAGGGAUGACGCAAUGAAGGAAGACAAUGGAAGAAAUGAUGAAAUUGUUGACGUUGGGGCAAUGAUAAUGACACAUGUACCUCAAUCUUUUGUUUUUGUUUUUGGGCAAAGGCCGUGCAAGCCACGGGAAACAUACAGAUGCCGGAAUUGGGGCGCCAAACGAUGCCAGCACGACCAACAUCUUCUGUCCCCGAGAUAUGUGGUGCUUGCUUUUCUUCAUGACAAGAGACCUUCUGGCACGUUGUGCUCAGUACCUUCCCAGGUACAUUCGGCGCGCCCUCGUAGACUGGCUUCGCAUGGAAUGACUCACCACUACGCGGGGUUACAGCAGA